GAGACAAGGACAUCUUUAUGAAGCGCGUCCGACUGGGCGACAAGGUGCCACGGGAGUCUGAUUCAGCGUCCAUUGCAGCCGAGCUUUACCGUCUGUAUCGUCAAGCCAAGCGCCGUUGGCGACGCUUCACAGGUAAAACCCCGUAUGGCAAGACCUAUGCAGCCUUCCUCCCCGCGUCGAGCUUUGCUGGUGGCAAGGGCAAAGGCGGUUCCAAAGAUGCUGCAGAGGUGCGUUCAAUUCCUGGGGUUACUUUCUCAAGCCACUUUGUGUCAGCCGCAAGCCAGAGCAGCGUUCGCACUGGCCUCGAGCAAGAGCUUGAGGCACUGUCACAGGCAUCUGCCUUGAGCAGUCGCAGAUCGUUGGAGCGCUCCGGUGGACAAGCUUCCAUCGAGGGGCGCAUGCAGGGCCCUCCGGAGUGGGAGCCAGGUGACGCACCUGCGCCUAGUCGGUGGCCUAGCUCACAGAUUCAUCCUGAUGACAGUGCAAGCCAAGUCUCCCCGGCGGAAGUCCCGCAGGUGCAAUCGUUGAUCCGUGGAGCGCCGCCUCCAAAGUAUCCUCCCCCCAGUUCUCGUCCCUCCAAUGCUGAGCAUUCCGAGCAGGAGCGGCGCAAGACAACUUUGCAGUUGCAAACCAUGUCGUAUCCAUGGUGGGAGACGGGAACUGAGGAUGUGGCCGCCAGCGAAUCCGCUGGACAGCCAACUGGAGUGUACCAUGAGCGUACACGCGUCAAGGGUAAGGUGGGAUUGCUUGUUGACCCAGGUGCACAUGAUAACUUGGUCGGGGAUCGAACUAUGAAGCUGUUGUCCUCACAGGUCAAAUGCAAGCCUUCCAUCAGACCCCUUGAGCGUCCGUUGAGUGUGCAGGGAGUCGGAAACGGCUCGCAGCAGGCUGAUCUCAGUCACGGUGUUGAGUUCAGCAUCCGUGCACCAGGCGUGUCCAACAUCGAUGGCACUUUCAACUCCCCAGUUGUGCCUGACAGUGAUCUGCCACCAUUGCUUGGGUUGAAAUCCUUGCGCAACUGCAAUGCUGUGUUGGACAUGCAGCAUCAGAAGCUGUACAUUCCGGGCCCCGGCGGCCUGGAGAUCGUGCAGAGCCCUCGCACGUUGAUGCUGGAUCUUGAGCUCAGUCCUAGUGGGCAUUUGAUUCUCCCUGUGCAUCCGCGUACAAAGUCCUCGGAGGCCCGCAAGCUGGAUUUCAUUUCCUCGCGUGUUAGUGUGAAGGAGCCGGGUUCUAAGGAGAAGGUUAGUCCGAGUCGCGAACGAACAUCGAAAGCAAGCUCCAGCAGCGCCGUGCAGAAUUCCGGAAUGGACGGAAACCUGUUUGUGCAGGAGCUGUCGGAGCGAUUGCAUGUUUACGAUCAUGCUUGGUGCUGGCAUGAGCGAACUUUGCACAUUCAUUCGAAGCGGCUCUCCCAGAACGAGCGAAUGCUUUCAUCGCACCACGAACACCUUGAUGGUGGACCCAAAGCUGAGAAGGCUGGGUCCGCGACACAUGUUCGGAACAUCGAGCACAGUCGCCACGACAUUGCAAUGACUGUUGAUUCCACUUGUAUCGCAUCAGAAGGCCGCGAAGUCGAUGCGCUCCUCGCUGAGUUGAGCGCAGCACCGCAUGCAGAUUUGUACAUGGUUCGCAGGGCUGCUAUGAUCCAGAUAGUUGAAGACCACGCCAAACGUGCUAGGUGGGGAUACGUCAACUUUCUUUCCUACGGAGCAAGCUCUCAAGCAGAAGGCCCGAUUGACUGCGGUGAGGAUCUCUCUGCAAUCCUUCCGGUGACCGGUUGCGUGUCUUGGGAUGCAAAGCUUUUGGGUAGCAACUCCGAGAAGCACUUCUCACCUGUGGAAGCCAACACUUUGGACAUCAUGUAUGAUGCAGUGUGUAGGCUGAUUGUCAGUGGCAGUCUGCUAGAUGCGCCUCGUGUUGCACGACCCUCUGAUGCAUCAGCGGCCGCGGCACCCGAUCGAGCCUCGGUUGGAGUCGACACGGCGGAUGAACCGCCAGUUGUGCCGGUGCCUGCUGGCGUUCCGGUUGCCAACGAAGAGGCAGAGCCGCCAGCGGGUGAAGGUGAUGAUAUUGCCCCUUGGGCUCGCUUUGACAUAGGCCGUACUUUGCAACAGCUUCGUAGCUGUAGGGAGGCGGUAGUCAGGCGUGCUUUGAGGCAACUGCAUGUGCGGUUUUAUCACCCUUCGACACAGCGUCUUCGAGCACUGUUGUCUGCGGCCGGUGUGCCGGCAGAAGUCUUAGAAAAGAUUGCGCAGAUAACUGACACAUGCACCGUGUGUCGCACGUGGGCGCGACCUGGUCCGAAAUCAGUGGCGAGUUCUCACCUUCCUUCUGCUUUCAAUGCCGAGCUUCAAGUAGAUUUGCUGUUCAUUCGUGAACAUGUGAUUCUACACAUGAUAGAUGUGGCAACUCGCUUUGUGGUGGCAAAGAUCGUGCCGAGCCGAGAAACAAAUGAUAUUUUGACCGCUUUGCAAGAAGCGUGGGUUUCCUUGUUCGGCCCGCCUAGCACGAUAGUUGCAGACCAGGAAGGAGCCUUGAGUGGAGUUGCUGGUGGUGCAUGGAUGUCGCAUCGCGACAUUAAGUAUGUACCUAAGGCCAAGUAUGCACAUGCAUCUGUUGUCGAACGACAUAAUGCUUUGCUGCGUAGGCAAGCCCACUUAUUGCUUGAGCAAAGUAACGAGGAUGGAUUGCGUGUUCCGUUCUCUGCGAUACUUGCCGAAGCGGUGUUUGCAAAGAAUACUCUUCUCCGAAUCAACAAUUUCACGCCUUAUGAAGCAGUGCUUGGUCGUACACCACCUCUCUACGAUUUGAUCGCGCCAGAGUUUGGUGAAGAGGUCGCGGCGAAGGAUGCCGAUCGUUUGAGGGGAAAGGCAUUGCGUGCAAUCCUGCAGGCUACUGCCGAAAGCAAAGCUCAAAGAGCUGCCAAGUCCAAGAGUCGUCCAAGCGGCGAGCUCUUGGAGCUGUCCACAGGUGAUCAAGUCGAGUUCUUCAGAACCCCGUCAAGCAAAGAUCUUUCAGGAUGGGCAGGUCCAGCUACGGUAGUAGACUUGCAACAGUUAGACCAAGGACAGGUAGGAAUCACUUUUCAGGGACGAUACAUUUUGUGCAGGGUUCAAGACAUCCGCAGAGCACUGAUGUUUGCAACGUUCCUGUCCGAUGAGCCGCACAACACGCCUUCAGGCUUAAUCAGAAUCACUGCAGAAUCCUUGGACAGACAAUCCGUGAGGUUGGGAUGGUUCCGACAACAGAACGUGUGGCGCAGUUUUGCUGAGAACUCAAAGUUUUCAGACGUGUUGGUGGCGGGACUGCGUCUCGCCGCUUGCAAUCUGCAGUUGUCCGGAGUCGUUUCCUUCCGUCUUGGGAACGGGUUGAACACUUUGUCAGGUGUGCAGUGUGAUGAGUCUUUUCUCAUCUGGUGGCCUAAAGGCCAAGGCGCAGUCUGGAAUCACAUGUACCUUCCAGGCACUCAAUCGGUAAACUUCUCCCGUCUCAGCGAUGUGGAGGGAAAAGACUUGUGUUUUCUACAGUUCUUCUGUGAAGACUCGGAGACAGUUCUCAGUCUCCGUCGUGUGGUGCAUGACAUUCCCAAUGUGGGCGGGGUUUACGAUCCCGCCUUGCCGAGAUUGUCAGAAGUGAACGAAGCUGUGCUUCGACGACGGCAGGUUCGUGCAAUCACGGAUCGUGCUGGCACGGAUCAGACUGGUCCAGAAGUCUUCGACAUUAGUACUCCUGAUGGUGUGACUGAGUCUUCAGAGCGUCACUCGGAAGAUACACCAGAAGGUACGGAGGAAAAUGUUGAAGAGGACAGUGACCUGUUUGCUUUCGCAGGCAAGCCUCCAGAAGUCUGUGUGGACUCAGCAGUUGAGCCUUCGUUGGUUUUCACCACCGGAGAACUGAAGGAUGAAGCUUUGAAGCUGGAGUUCUCACAGCAAGCAGCCAAGUAUCUUGCCGCCUUUGAUCGACAGUUGGAAUCCAAUGAGACUCUUGUCAUGAAUAUGUCGGGUGAGGUGGAAUCCGUCAUUGAAAGAGCCAAUAACAUUUUGACUAGACAAGAAGCUUUGGAGAAUGUGGAUCGCUGCAGGCGGGCAAUGGUUAAAGAGUUGCUUAGAUGGAACGGUCACAAAGCAUGGCUUCGAGGAUCAAAGGCUUCAGCGCGUAACACUCUCCAGAGCAAGUGGGUUUUGAAAUGGAAGAACAUCCAAGGAGAGCGCGACGUCAAAGCUAGGUUAGUGGUUCAAGGGUUUAGGGACACGCAGACUGUAGAGAGUUAUGCGUCUACAACCACCAGAUGGGGUCAGCGAUUGUUGUUGGCUAUCGCCGUGCAGCAAGGAUGGCCACUCAAAUCUGCUGAUGUGUCUGAAGCUUUCCUUCGUGGUCUCUCCUUCGAAGAGCUUCAUCGCACGGGUGUAGACAAGGAACUUCGCGAAGUGCAGUUGCUGCUGCCUCCGGGAUCUUUGGAACUCAUCAGAUCCGUCCUGGGCCUUGAAACCUUUAACCCAGAAUCAGAAGUACUCCAUUUGCUGAAACCGGGAUUUGGAUUGAAAGAUGCUCCAAGAUUGUGGAAUCUGGCUCUUAAGCGCGUGCUCAAGAAAGUUGGUCUGCAGCCAACUAACGUCGAUCCGCAGUUGUACGUCCUGCAUGCCGACGGCCGUUUGAUAUUGCUUCUUUCGGUGCAUGUAGAUGAUCUUAAGAUAACUGGAUUGCCGGAGGAGAUAGCACGUACUGUAAAAGUGUUGGAAGAAGAGUUUGAUGCCUUAAAGCUUGAGCCCAAAUGGCGCGAGUACCUUCCAGACGCAGCCGCCAAGUAUGAUGCCUUCAAGGAGAUGAAGAGGCAGUACAGCCGGCGCUUGCGUGGGGAGUUUGUGCCAGAGGGGAACCACAGUGCCGUGCUGCGCGGCCUUGAGCAGAAGACGGCCACACUUCCGGCGCCGCCGACGCAGAGAUAUCUUGCUGGGAACAUGCUCCAAGAGAUCCGGAACAAGCUGUCAGCAGCAGAGUUCCGGAAAGUUGAGAUCUCGCAGUGUGUCUUCGAUGUGAUGCUCACCGGGAUGUUCUUCGGACGUGGGCUGCUCCAACUCUACAAUGCGGCCAUGCGGAGUCCGUGCUCAAAUCCCGGAGACUUCAAUGAUCCAACAGAGGCGGAUGCCACCUGUUUGGUGAAUGUGGCCAAUUUGAUUACCGUCUUCGAUUUCGUGGGAGCUCUUAUUGCCCU